AUGGAGGCAGUACUUGCUGAAGAGGAGGUGAUCGCAUACACCCAAGUGACGCCGGAUCACUUCCCGGCCAAGAUCUACGUGGAGGAGACAGCAGAUGCGCUCCGCAACCUUACAGCCCCUUUCCAGCAUGCGCCGGCGCUCCGCAGCAACUGUUCGGAUCUGCUGCAUAGCAUGGCAGCGGCCGGAAAAGUGGGCGGCGCAGGCUGGCAGCCGAGCGCCGCUGAUGUGGCGGCGGUGGAGAGCUGCCUGGGUGAGGUCAGCACUGCUGACACCUCCAGCACCACCGCCGCCCUCAGCAGCGCGGCCGUGAAGCUGCUCCAAGCCUUCAUUGACAGCAACGGGCCGAUACCGGUGCCGACGCUGGAUGAGUUCGUACUGCUCCACAAGGUGCUGCAGACAGCGGUGCAAUCCGAUCCCAGCAUCCUGGGGCUGCUGCGAGGAGCCAAGCGCAGCUUUGGGUGGAAUGUGCUCGGUAAUCUGGUGGAUAUGGGAAAGUUGGCGUUUGCUCCUGCAACGCCCGAGGUGCUACAGCUGGCUGCGCACCUGCGCCGCUCCCACGAGCUUUUCGCAGACGUGUUCCAUGGCGUGUUCAGGACUGAGAGCGAUGCGGAGGAUUAUGUAGCCAGCGAGACUGAGCGUCUCUGGGCCCUGGUUGUCUUCAACAGCGGGCCGUCCGCCGUCGGCUCUGACUACACGAUCAGGAUGAAUUUCACCACCGUGCCGCGGACGUGGGUGCCUAUCAAUCGCUGGAGGCAUGACGUGUCCAUACACUACAAGGAGUACUACACCUCGGGCUUUCUCUCGCUGCAGUCGGCGAUCGACGCGUACACCCUCGGCCUGCCCGCCUCGCUGGAGGCCAGCCUGGAUACCGGCUCCGGCGACUCGCCGUCCCCGGCCCCGGCCGCGCCGCAGGCUUGGACGGCGUGGGGCGGCGUGUUUCCAACAGCCGAGUAUGUGCACAAUGACUUCUACGACGCUGUGGGGCCCAUGCUGGGCCUGCUCAUGUCCCUGAGCCUGGUGUACCCGCUGAGCAUGCUGGUGCGCGGAGUGGUGGAGGAGCGCGAGCGCCGCCUCAAGGAGACCAUGUGUAUCAUGGGGCUGCAGGGCUGGGUGCUGCACGCGGCCUGGAUGAUCACAUACGCGGUCAUCCUGCUGGUCAUCUGCGUGGCGGUUACUAUCGUCUGCUGCACCUCAUUCCUGCGACACACGGAUCCAGUCCUGCUCUUCAUCCUCUUUGCCUUUUUCGCCGCCAGCGAGCUGGCAUUUGGCCUCAUGGUGGCUGCCUUCUUCAACAACGCCAAGAUUGCCGGCAUCGUGGCACCGCUCGCACACUUCGCCUGCCUGCUGCCGCGCUACAUCUUCUUCCGCGUAGAAGCCCCUCAGGCCGUGGUGGGCAAGGUGUUUGUGAGCUUUCUGAGCCCAUCGGCGUUCACCUUUGCGGCGGACUUGAUUGGCGAGUACGAGGGGUCCGGCCAGGGGCUGCACUGGUCCAACAUGUGGAGCGACCCUUUCCCCAUGGGCGCCAUCCUCUUCAUGCUGGCCGCAGAUGUCAAGCUCUACUCCCUGCUGGCCUGGUAUCUUGAGAAGGUGCUGCCGUCGCCGUACGGGCCGAGGCUGCCGUGGUGGUUCCCAUGCAGCCACUCCUACUGGGCCACGGGGGAUGUGGAGGACAACCUCAACGUGGCUGCUGCCCUGAAACAAUCACUAACUAGUGUCAAACAGCUCCUGCGGCUGAAUCGUGACCGGGAGGAGGCAUUGUCUUACCAGCAGGUGGAUCUGGAAGGGGACAACACAGACAUGGGGAUGAGGCCGCCUGCGGAUGUUGAGGCAGGCAAUGGUUCUGGCUCAGAUGGCGCUGCUGUGGGCCCCCCCACGUUGGCCCAGAUGACCAAUCUGCGCAAGGUGUAUGGCCAGCAUGUGGCAGUCCACAACCUGUCACUCCACCUGCGCAUGGGCGAGGUCACAGCCCUGCUGGGUCACAACGGAGCCGGGAAAACGACAGCGGUGGGAAUGCUGACGGGGCUGCUGCGGCCGACGGCGGGCGGCUGCACGGUGAUGGGUCACGACGUGAUGCGGGCGGCGGCGCACGCGCGGCAGCACAUCGGCUACUGCCCGCAGGCGAACGUGCUCUUUGGCAGCCUGACCGUGUGGGAGCACCUGCUGCUCUUCUGCGCCAUCAAGGGCCUCUCCGGCGGCGCCUUCAGCCAGGCUGCUGACGCUGCCAGCGCCCAGAUCAUCGAGGCGGUGGGUUUGCAGGACAAGAGGGAUUGCAAGGCAAACGCUCUCUCCGGUGGCAUGAAGCGCAAGCUGCAGGUUGCACUCGCCCUCCUUGGCAGCUCCAAAGUCGUCCUCCUUGAUGAGCCUACAAGCGGAGUGGAUCCGUCGUCGAGGAGGGCGCUGUGGAGCAUCCUGUCCAAGUACAAGAAGGGGCGGGCCAUGCUGCUGACCACGCACUUCAUGGACGAGGCCGACCUGCUGUCUGACAGCGUGGCCAUCAUGGCUGAGGGGCGGCUGCAGUGCUGGGGGCCUUCCCUUCUCCUCAAGCAGCAAUACAGCAGCGGGUACACACUCACCAUGAACACUUCGUUGAGGGCGGACGCGCCGCCAGACAAGGCAGGGAUUCACAGCCUCCUCACAAGCCAUGCCCCGAGCGCCCAGAUCCUGCGGUCUUCUGGGUCAGAGCUGGUGUACCAGCUGCCAAUGGAGUGGAGGGGACGUUUUGCAGACAUGCUGGAGGCGCUGGAGGCGCGCAGCGGUGAGCUGGGGGUGACACACUACGCGGUGUCCAUGCCCACGCUCGAGGAAGUCUUCCUGCGCUGCACCGCCGAGUCCCACCAGCGCGACGGCAAUCCCUCCGCCGCCGACUCCGCCGCCGCUGACGGCCGCUGCGAAAUUACGCUGACACCGCAAACCAAACAAUCCCAGUCCAGCACCUCUCCCGAUAGCGCUGGUUCUUUGGCGGCAGGUAACAGCGGGCAGGCAGGGUUGACUCAAUCACCAGCUAGCAGCGAUGGGAGCGGUGCAGGCGUGGAAGCUUGCGGUAGCCGGCCGGCAUCGCGCAACGGGGGAGAGGCGGGCGCAGCCGAGGAAGCCGAGGGCCCGUCGGCGCCGCUGCCGAUCAGCAGGGAUGACUCAGCUGAGGCGCUGUCGUCCGUGCUGGCGGCUGGGGAGGAGGCAGACGGCGAUCAGCCGAGCGCCAAGACUCCGGAGAGGAGCAGCCAGGUGGCCGGCACCAGCAGGCAGCGCAACCAGGACACCCCUUUGACAGGAACUGCUGAGGAGGCGGCGGGCAAGGGAGAGGAUGCAGGGGCGAGUGCGGUGCGUACUACAGCGGAUUGCGCGGCUGCAGGUGUGAGCGUGAAUGGGACCGGGGAGGUGCACUGUAUAGAGGAAGUGCUGGAGGAGGUGCCGCUGCAUGACCCUGCGCCGAAGCAGCGGGGGAGGAGGGAACGCGCGUGCGUGGCCUUCAGGGAAAUGCUGCGCAAGCGCGCCAUCAUCGCCGGGCGGGACAAGAAGGGGAUGCUGUUCCAGCUGCUGCUGCCGGUGGCAGCCAUCUGCCUCGUGCUGGCCAUCCUGAAGGUCAACAUUGAUCCCUCCUCGCCCACCAUCACCCUCGACUUCACCUCCAUGCUGCAGCGAGACCCUGUCAUCGUCGCCAACGCGCCUCUCGGCCUCGCCCCCUGUAUUAUAAAGGGCGCGCCCAGCGACCGGCCUGACACGGGCCCCUGCGGAAGCGCCCUGCACUUCAGGCACGCACCGCCGACGGCGGCCAACGACAGCAUGCAGCUGUCGCAGCAGCUGCUCAAAGACAAGGCGGCGGGGGCGGCCGCGCAGUACGGGGCGCUCGUUUUUGACGACCCCGUUAUCCGCCACAUUCCCGACGCGCUGCGUGAUCUCAAUCAAAGCAUCAGCAAUGUGGGCACGGGGCAGCUGCUGAACAUGCUGCCCCUUCUGGGCAGCUUCCUGCCCGCCAGGCUGCCCACAGCGGGCAGCGGGCAGCUGGGCGCCGGGCUGCUUCCCCAGCUGAGCACGCCUGAGAGCCGAGUUGUCUCGCGCCUGAUCAGGCGCUUCCAGGACCACCCAGGGGUGAUGCUGCUGCACAACUCGUCCAGCUACCACUCGCUGCCGGCGCUGCUGUCGGGGCUGCACGGCUCGCUGGGGGCCCUGGAGGUGGCCAGGACAGGCAACGCCAGCGCGGUCGCCCCGGCCUUCACGGUCAAGUCGCAUCCGCUGCCUCUGUCCUCCGAGGAGUCUGUCAAACUGGACAGCCUGCUCACGGUGUUGGCGGCGCUGUUUGUGCUGGUGCCGCUAUGCUACCUGAGCGGUGCGUUUGCCAUCAGCCCGGUAGUGGAGGAGGCGUCGCAGGCGCACCACCUGCAGCUGCUCUCCGGCUGCCCGCCCCUCAUCUACUGGGCCGGCACCUACGUGUGGGACAUGGGUACAUAUGUGGUUGUGGCGCUGCUCUCGCUGGGGGUUUUUGCGGCGUACGGCGAUCGCGCAACGGUGGGCAGCGUGGAGCAGGCGCUUGGCACCUUCGCCCUGCUUCUUGCUUAUGGCGCAGCCGUCAUCCCGCUCGUUUCGGUGGCGGCGCUGUCAUUCACGCUGGGCUUUGUGGCGGUGACUGGCUCGUACGUGAUGCGGCUCAUCCCCAAGACGCAGGCGCUGCAGGCCGUGCUGGUGCACAUCUUCCGCGUGCAGCCGCCAUUCCUGCUGGGCGAGGGGCUGAUUGAGCUCACCCGCUUCAACUUCGAGAAGGACCUCGCACGCGCGCGCUUUGGCGCGGAUAUGCCGGCCGGAGGCCAGAUGGAUCUGGACUAUGGGAGGGUGGUGGACUGGGACACACUGGGACGCCCUCUAACACUGCUGGUCCUGGAGGCGUUCUUCUAUUUCGCUCUGGCGCUGUGGCUGGAUCAUAACAAUCGCCAUGGCACAUCCCUCUGCUCCACCCUCCGCUCUUACACGUUCUGGGCGGUGGGAGUAGGCAGGCGCCAGUUCAAGAACCUGUUGAGGGGGCGGGACGGCAGUGGGGAGUAUGUGCAUGUUGGGGAGGGGAAUAGGGCUGUGCAGAUGACCGACAUGGAGGGCGCGGCUGCAAAUGGGGCUGCUGCAGGGGCCGCACCAGAGCAGUGGGAUGAGGAAGCACAGGCCCUGGUCCUUGCCGUGCAGGCUGCGGAGGAGGGGGCGGGGGCGGGUGUGAGGGAGGAUGAUGACGUGGCAGCAGAGAGGGAACGCGUCACGACAGGCGGAGCCAGGGGGGACAGCCUGUGCCUGCGCAACCUGCGCAAGGUCUACGAGGGCGAACCUCCCAAGGUGGCGGUGCACGAUCUGUGCCUGGGAGUGCCUCCUGGGGAGCGCUUUGGCCUGCUGGGUCCCAACGGAGCAGGCAAGACGACGACGCUGGCGCUGCUGACGGGGCGGGCGCGCGCGACCGGCGGUGACGCACUUGUCAACGGCAUGAGCGUGAUGGGCGAAGGCGCUGCGACCGGCCGCGCGCUGCUGGGUUUCUGCCCGCAGCAGGACCCUCUGCUAGAGCUGCUCUCCGCGCGCGAACACCUCUCCCUCUACGCCCGUCUCAAGGCACGGCCCAGAUCUUGA